AUGAUAUGGAAGGCUGCCCUUCUGGAAUCUGAAGGUCGCCAUGUCUUUGAAGGCGGUUGGGAAAAUGGAAAAUGCCACCUUCUAAGGUUACCAUUACUUGAAGUUUCUAAUUCUAAGAAUUCUCUUCAAUUGGCUUGCAGAGAAUCUCAUGAAGUUGUACAAGAACAUUUUACUUUUGUAUUCCAACCAAUGAGUGAUGGGAGGACAGCACAAGACCCUGAAAACAUCACCGCACUCAAUCUUCUACCUUUCAACCCGGACAAAGAUAUCGCACAUAGAUACAUAUUGUUAAAGUCGAAAGACACUUGGGCACAUGAACUAUGGGGACUUACUCCAGUCAAGCAUCUGUCGCUGGAUAGCGAUUAUUUCUAUGAUAGCGAAAAUUAUCAUGACAACCUGAAGCAUCACGAUGAAAUGAACGCAAUCGAAUGCAUAGAAGCUGCAUGCCCAGACCUUGAAGUACUCACAAUUAAAAUCGAGGGAAAGGGUUUUAUUCGGGACCUUUUAGGAUAUCAUACUCGUGUUGAGUCUGACUUCAUAGAGCUGAACUCUGCUUUCUUUGACCAUGUAGCUGCCACAAUAUCCAGAGAAAAGAAUUGCCCCGUGUGGAAGAUACAGCGCAAUGGAGAUUUGAGAGACAUAUACACAAAACACACAAAGCUUUUCGAUCGUGCCAGAGGAAGAAACUCUGAGUAUUGGAAGCGGGUGGAUAUGAGGGUCGUUUUGUUACAGGAGCCAGUUCACUACUGGCCAUACCGAUCAAUGUGUGACGAUUUAAUGACUUUAUUGCUUGAAUUUAUGCAAAGGACAUGGAGGAUUCUUGUCGAGGGGUUUCGUGGAGAGGAAGGAUUUAAAAUAUGA